CAGUUCUUUUCCGUCCACUAUGACGGAGUCGGCUUUAGGAGUGAGGGAGAUUUGCAAGUUUAUCAAAACCGCUGUUCUGCCAUACUAGGAACAUUAUGUAAAUAGCAGUGAAUACAUCAUAUAUGCGAGUCUCUGUUAUAACUUGAAUUGGAACUGUUUAAGGAAAAUGCCAUACAAUAGCAUCCCAGGAGGACAUACAGUUUUGCGACCUCGGUGCUCUUUUUGAUUGGGAGAGAGGAAGGAUGCUUAUUAAAUAGAACCCAGGAGCGGCAUUUUUCACAGUCUACGAGUGCUGUUCAGUUAAUGAGUACUAGUUAUCUUGUUGUGCGUCAAGUCAGAACUUUGGUACUCAUAUUUAUGAGAGAAGCUGCAGUGAUUAACCGAGUUUACAGUUCGGUUUAGUUUUGAACCGUUGAGCUAUGGCCGUUUUUCCGCUGUCUGGUGCGCUCUUUCUGUUCGUCUUAUGUCUACCGUCCACUCAACCCGGCGGACUGGUACCUGUGAGUCCCAGCUGCCACGAGGUGGGCGCUUCAUUUCAGGCGCUGCACCCGGGAUCGAAAUGGGCACCGGAUACCCCAGUUUCUGGUGCAGACCUUCAGGUGUGCCAGCCCAAGGGCCUGACGUGCUGUUCUAGAAGGAUGGAAGAACGCUACCAGGUGGCUGCCAGGCAAAAUAUGGAGUCAGGCCUACAGACAGCCAGUGCCCAGCUCAAACUUCUUAUCAUCCAGAAUGCGGCUCUCUUCCAAGAGGCUUUUGAGUUGGUGUUGCGUCACGGACGUAACUUCACCCUGCUGAUGCUGAGGGCCGAGUUCUCAGGGCUGGGUCCUGGGUCCCAGGGGGCCGUGGGCCAGCUCUUCCUGGACGUGUCUCUCUACAUCCUGGGCUCCGACUCCAGCGUGGAUCAAAUGGUCCAAUCGUUCUUCACACGUCUCUUCCCCCUGGCCUACCGACGCCUGCUUGGGGGCGGGGCUGCGCCCGUGCCCGAGGACUGCCUGCGGGGUGUGUGGAGGGACUCCCUGGCGUUCGGCCCCUACCCUAAGCUCAUGAUGACUCGUUUGUCACGCUCCCUCCUGGCCACGCGGGUCUUCCUGCAGGCGCUGAACCUGGGCAUUGAGGUGGUGAACACCACGGACCACCUGCGCCCGGGGAGGGACUGUGGUCGGGCCCUACUCAGGCUCUGGUACUGUCCACACUGCCAGGGCCUGCUGGGGCUCCCGGCUUGCAAAGGCUACUGCCAGACCGUGAUGGCCGGGUGCCUGGGAGGCGUGGCGGAGGUGCAGCCCCACUGGAGAGGGUACGUGGAGGGGCUGGGGAAGCUGGCGGGGGCCAUGAGGUGGGAACAGGACCUGGAGGCUGUGAUGAUGAGGUUACAUGUGCUGGUCAGGCUGGCCCUCAGACACGCUGUCAACGCAAGGCCCCGCCUACAUGCCCUGGUGGGCAGUACGUGUGGCCAUGUACCCCAGCGGGUGUCUCGCUCAGUGGCACCACUUCCUGAACAAACCCCUGCAGCCCCGGCACUCCGCAGCCCCCAGCCUUUGACCUAUGAUCCUGAGGAGACCUUGGCCGGCCGCCGCAGGGAAUUUAUUUCUAGCCUGAGGGGCUUCAGCUCCUUCUUCAGUGGUCUGGGAGAGGCUCUUUGCAGCCGUGAGCCGGCAGUGCCGAGCAACCACUCCCUCUGCUGGAAUGGACAAGAAAUGACAGCCAGGUUCCCUGGCCCAGGAGUGAAGCGUUCCCACCCCCAUGGGUCUGAUUCUAAGAACAAAGCUCCUGAACCAGUCAUCAGCCAGAUCAUUGACAAACUCAAACACAUCAACCAGCUGCUGCGGCUGGUGACAGUGCCUGAGAAGCGCUGGCGAGCCCGGUCUGGUGGGGGCCAAGCGGCCGAGGGACGGCCCCAGGGGGAGGAGGACGACGAGGGGUUCGAGAGUGGCGACUGUGAUGACGAGGAUGACUGUGCAGGGGUUUCAGGGCUCGGGCCGCCCCCUCGUCGUAAACGGCUACGUAUCUUUGCAGAUCUGGCUGAUAACCUGGCUAUGGAUGACUUCACGUUCCAUGAGCAGUUGCUGACCCCUAGGCUGGCUACGGACCGGACUGGAGGUCAGCCUUCAUCUGCGGCUGCCCCAGGAGCUGCUCUUCCUCUGACUCUCUCCUUCCUCCUCCUCCUGCUGCUGUUUGGACACCAGUAACCAGUGAUCCGUCCACUCCCACAGCUCUCAGAAGAAGAAUACAUUGCUUAUCUAUAAGAGACUGACAUUUUUCAUCGGCUGUGACCGACCUCUCACGAACACACGCACGAACACACCGAGAAAAUCCCCACAGACAUGGAAAGGGCCGGAGAGGUGGGCCACCACCGUGCAGGUCUGGGCUUACGGCAGACUGGCUGAGAUUGCACAAACAUAUUCAGACAGUGUUUUUACAGUGUUAAGGUGGCGUAACUACAGAGGCCUCUCGUGUACAGAAUGUUUUCGGGGACUCGUCCAGAGUUGGCAUGGCACAGCGUGAAGCGGGACAUUGGAUUCUCAACCUCCCCACCCCCCCCCC